UUUUCUUUCUUUCAUCACAGGUGUAAUACUUCUCCACAUCUGCUUCAGGAAGAAAGUGCCUGCUACUCUUAUUGUUUCUACGCAGGUUCAUGCCAGCCCAGAACGCAGAAUCAGGAGUCGGCGUGUUUAUCCCCAACCAGCCAAGAUGAACAUGGUGAAGAGGAUCAUGGGGCGGCCGCGGCAGGAGGAGUGCAGCCCGCAAGACAACGCCCUGGGCCUGAUGCACCUGCGCCGUCUCUUCACCGAGUUGUGCCACCCUCCCCGGCACAUGACUCAGAAGGAGCAGGAGGAGAAGCUGUACAUGAUGCUGCCAGUGUUUAACAGGGUCUUUGGAAAUGCUCCGCCGAAUACAAUGACAGAAAAAUUUUCCGAUCUUCUGCAGUUCACAACGCAAGUCUCACGACUGAUGGUGACAGAAAUCCGAAGGCGAGCAUCCAACAAAUCCACAGAAAAACAGUGUGCCCCGGUGUCCUCCAAGGAUUUCAAAGCCACAACACCUUCAGAGGCUGCAAGUCGGGCCAUCGUCCAGUUCUUGGAAAUUCAUCAGAGUGAAGAAGCCAGUAGAGGGUGGAUGCUUCUGACAACAAUUAACUUGUUAGCAUCUUCUGGUCAGAAAACCGUGGACUGCAUGACAACGAUGUCAGUGCCUUCCACCCUGGUUAAAUGCUUAUAUCUGUUUUUUGACCUCCCGCAUGUGCCUGAGGCAGUUGGGGGUGCCCAGAAUGAGCUACCUCUAGCAGAACGUCGUGGACUACUCCAGAAAGUUUUUGUGCAGAUCUUAGUGAAACUGUGCAGUUUUGUCUCUCCAGCUGAGGAGCUGGCCCAGAAGGACGAUCUCCAGCUUUUAUUCAGUGCAAUAACCUCUUGGUGCCCCCCCUACAACCUGCUCUGGAGGAAGAGUGCUGGAGAAGUCCUCAUGACCAUCUCUCGCCACGGCCUCAGCGUCAACGUGGUGAAGUAUAUUCACGAAAAAGAAUGUUUAUCUACGUGUGUUCAGAAUAUGCAGCAAUCAGAUGACCUGUCUCCCCUAGAAAUUGUCGAAAUGUUUGCCGGGCUUUCUUGUUUCCUCAAGGAUUCCAGUGACGUUUCCCAGACUCUUUUGGAUGAUUUUCGGAUAUGGCAGGGAUAUAACUUCCUUUGUGAUCUCUUGCUUAGAUUGGAACAAGCAAAAGAGGCAGAAUCCAAAGAUGCUUUGAAAGAUCUGGUUAAUCUGAUAACUUCCCUGACGACAUAUGGUGUCAGUGACCUAAAACCAGCUGGUGUUAGCACAGGAGCGCCCUUUUUACUGCCUGGAUUUGCAGUACCUCAGCCUGCAGGCAAAGGUCACAGUGUAAGAAACAUCCAGGCCUUUGCAGUUCUUCAAAACGCAUUUUUAAAAGCAAAAACGAACUUCCUUGCCCAAAUCAUUCUUGAUGCCAUCACAAACAUUUACAUGGCUGACAAUGCCAAUUAUUUCAUCCUAGAGUCACAGCACACACUGUCACAGUUUGCAGAAAAGAUUUCUAAACUCCCAGAAGUUCAAAACAAAUACUUCGAGAUGCUGGAAUUUGUCGUUUUUAGCUUAAAUUAUAUCCCUUGUAAAGAACUUAUUAGUGUUAGCAUCCUCUUAAAAUCUAGCUCUUCUUACCACUGUAGCAUUAUCGCAAUGAAGACACUUCUUAAGUUUACACGACAUGACUAUAUAUUUAAAGAUGUGUUCAGGGAGGUGGGCCUUCUGGAAGUCAUGGUAAACCUUUUGCACAAAUAUGCUGCCCUUUUGAAGGAUCCAACUCAGGCAUUAAAUGAACAAGGGGAUGCAAGAAAUAAUAGUUCAUUUGAAGAUCAAAAGCACCUGGCUUUGUUGGUCAUGGAGACCUUGACAGUGCUUCUUCAAGGGUCAAACACAAAUGCAGGAAUUUUUCGAGAAUUUGGAGGUGCCAGGUGUGCCCAUAAUAUAGUGAGGUACCCGCAGUGCCGGCAGCACGCCCUGAUGAUUAUCCAGCAGCUGGUGCUCUCUCCCAAUGGGGACGAUGACAUGGGCACUCUCCUGGGGCUGAUGCAUUCAGCCCCACCCACAGAGUUACAGCUGAAGACUGACAUUCUAAGAGCCCUCUUGUCCGUCCUUCGAGAGAGCCACCGUUCAAGAACAGUCUUUCGGAAGGUUGGAGGGUUUGUGUACAUCACGUCCUUGCUUGUUGCCAUGGAGCGAUCCUUGAGCUCGCCACCCAAGAACGGCUGGGAGAAAGUGAACCAGCACCAAGUGUUUGAACUGCUCCACACGGUGUUCUGCACCCUGACGGCCGCGAUGCGCUAUGAGCCCGCCAACUCCCAUUUCUUCAAAACGGAGAUUCAGUAUGAGAAGUUGGCAGACGCCGUUCGAUUUCUUGGCUGCUUCUCAGACCUGAGAAAAAUAAGCCCCGUGAAUGUCUUCCCCUCAAAUACACAGCCGUUUCAAAGACUUCUGGAGGAAGACGCGGCCCUGCUGGACGCCGUGUCGCCCACUUUGCGGCACUGCAGCAAACUCUUUAUUUAUCUCUACAAAGUAGCCACCGAUUCUUUUGACAGACAUGCAUAUCAUUCGGUUUCGACUCCCCCCAUUUACCCUCCUAAAAAUGUUGCUGACCUGAAACUGCAUGUGGCAGCUUCAUCUCUCCAGAGUUCUGAUGCCGUCAUCAUCCAUCCAGGAGCCAUGCUUGCUAUGCUGGACCUCCUGGCCUCUGUUGGGUCAGUGACACAGCCAGAACAUGCUUUGGACCUUCAACUUGCCGUGGCCAAUAUUUUACAAUCACUGGUGCACACAGAAAGAAACCAGCAAGUCAUGUGUGAAGCUGGCCUCCAUGCACGACUGCUGCAGCGGUGCAGCGCCGCCCUGGCCGACGAGGACCACGCGCUGCACCCGCCCCUCCAGCGGAUGUUCGAGCGACUAGCCUCUCAGGCCCUGGAGCCCAUGGUGCUGAGGGAGUUUUUACGUUUGGCAAGUCCAUUAAAUUGUGGUGCCUGGGACAAAAAACUACUAAAACAAUAUAGGGUCCACAAACCAAGUUCACUGAGUUAUGAGCCAGAGAUGCGAAGUAGUAUGAUCACAUCCAUGGAAGGUCUGGGUUCUGAUAAUGUUUUCAGCUUGCAUGAAGAUAACCAUUACCGGAUAAGCAAGAGCCUAGUGAAAUCAGCAGAAGGAAGUACUGUACCCCUAACCAGGGUGAAGUGUCUGGUCUCCAUGACAACCCCGCAUGACAUCAGACUUCACGGGUCAUCAGUUACUCCAGCCUUUGUUGAAUUCGACACGUCCCUUGAAGGGUUUGGAUGCCUGUUCCUGCCCAGUUUGGCCCCUCACAAUGCCCCCACAAACAACGCUGUCACCACAGGUCUUACUGAUGGAGCCGUGGUCAGCGGCAUUGGUUCCGGUGAACGAUUCUUCCCCCCUCCGUCGGGCUUAAGCUACUCGAGCUGGUUCUGCAUUGAACAUUUUAGUUCUCCUCCGAAUAAUCACCCUGUCAGGCUCCUUACUAUUGUGCGUCGAGCAAGUUCUUCUGAGCAGCACUACGUGUGCCUUGCCGUCGUUCUGUCAGCAAAAGACCGGUCUCUGAUUGUUUCCACCAAGGAGGAGCUACUGCAAAACUAUGUUGACGAUUUCAGUGAGGAGUCCUCUUUUUACGAGAUUCUGCCAUGCUGUGCUCGCUUCCGAUGUGGAGAACUGAUAGUGGAGGGCCAGUGGCAUCACCUGGUCCUGGUGAUGAGCAAAGGGAUGCUGAAGAACAGCACCGCGGCGCUCUACAUCGAUGGGCAGCUCGUCAGCACCGUGAAGCUUCACUACGUUCACAGUACUCCCGGGGGCUCGGGCUCUGCCAAUCCGCCGGUGGUUAGCACCGUCUAUGCAUACAUGGGCACUCCACCUGCCCAGCGCCAAAUCGCUUCCCUGGUUUGGCGCCUGGGACCCACGCACUUCCUGGAAGAAGUUUUACCUCCUGCAAAUGUAACUACCAUUUUUGAACUAGGACCAAAUUAUGUUGGAAGCUUUCAAGCCGUGUGCCUGCCAUGUAAAGAUGCAAAAUCUGAAGGUGUGGUCCCAUCUCCUGUGUCACUAGUACCUGAGGAAAAGGUGUCCUUUGGCCUCUAUGCGCUGUCCGUGUCCGCCCUCACGGUGGCAAGAAUCCGGAAGGUGUGCAACAAGUUGGACAGCAAAGCCAUCGCUAAGCAGUUAGGCAUUUCCUCCCACGAGAAUGCCACGCCUGUGAAGCUGGUACACAACUCAGCAGGACAUCUUAACGGACCCGCACGGACAAUCGGGGCGACUCUGAUUGGAUACUUGGGAGUAAGAACAUUUGUCCCUAAGCCUGUUGCCACUACUUUGCAGUACAUUGGUGGAGCUGCAGCCAUCCUGGGCCUGGUGGCCAUGGCUUCUGAUGUGGAAGGGCUGUAUGCAGCGGUCAAGGCCCUGGUUUGUGUGGUCAAGAGCAACCCACUAGCCAGCAAAGAAAUGGAAAGAAUCAAGGGCUACCAGUUGCUGGCGAUGCUGCUUAAGAAGAAACGCUCCCUUCUUAACAGCCACAUCCUGCAUCUCACAUUUUCCUUGGUGGGAACGGUUGACAGUGGACACGAGACGUCCAUUAUUCCAAACUCAGCUGCUUUCCAGGACCUGCUUUGUGAUUUUGAUGUCUGGCUCCACGCCCCAUAUGAACUUCAUCUUUCCUUGUUUGAGCACUUUAUUGAACUGCUCACAGAGUCCAGUGAAGCUUCAAAGAACGCCAAGUUAAUGAGGGAGUUCCAGCUGAUCCCGAAGCUGCUCCUGACUCUUCGAGACAUGUCUUUAUCCCAACCUACCAUUGCUGCCAUUAGUAACGUGCUGAGCUUCUUACUGCAGGGCUUUCCCAACAGCAAUGACCUCCUCAGGUUUGGCCAGUUUAUUUCUUCUACUUUACCAACCUUUGCCGUGUGUGAGAAAUUUGUAGUUAUGGAAAUAAACCACGAAGAGAAGCCUGACACUGGAACUGAAGACGACUUUGGUGGACUGGUAUCUGCGAAUCUUAUACUUUUGAGGAACAGACUCCUAGAUAUCUUACUAAAACUGAUUUACACCUCUAAAGAAAAGACAAGCAUUAAUUUGCAAGCCUGUGAGGAGCUGGUCAGGACGCUGGGCUUUGACUGGGUGGUGAUGUUUAUGGAGGAGCACCUGCACCCCAGCACCGUCACCGCGGCCCUGAGGAUCCUGGUGGCCCUGCUGAGCAGUCCGUCCAUCCUCGUCAAGUUUAAAGAAGGCCUCAGUGGCGGGGGCUGGCUGGAGCAGACGGACUCCGUCUUAACCAACAAGAUCGGAACCGUGUUAGGUUUCAACGUGGGCAGGAGUGCCGGCGGGCGAUCUACGGUCAGGGAGAUUAACCGGGAUGCCUGUCAUUUUCCUGGUUUUCCGGUUCUUCAGUCAUUCCUUCCUAAACACACUAAUGUCCCUGCCCUCUAUUUCCUCCUCAUGGCCUUGUUUCUGCAGCAGCCCGUUAGUGAGCUGCCCGAGAACCUGCAGGUCAGUGUGCCUGUCAUCAGCAGCCGAUGUAAGCAGGGUUUCCAGUUCGACUUAGAUUCCAUUUGGACGUUUAUCUUUGGAGUUCCCGCCUCCAGUGGCACCGUGGUCUCGUCCAUCCACAGCGUCUGCACAGAAGCUGCCUUUCUACUGCUGGGGAUGCUCCGCAGCAUGCUGCACUCACCUUGGCAGUCAGAAGAGGAGGGAUCUUGGCUGCGAGAAUACCCCGUGACCCUGAUGCAGUUCUUCAGAUACUUGUAUCACAACGUCCCAGACCUGGCCUCCAUGUGGAUGAGUCCAGACUUCCUGUGUGCAUUAGCGGCCACCGUCUUCCCCUCCAACAUCCGCCCUUACUCAGAGAUGGUGACUGAUCUCGAUGAUGAAGUGGGAUCUCCUGCGGAAGAAUUUAAAGCAUUUGCAGCAGACACAGGCAUGAACAGGAGCCAGUCAGAGUACUGCAACGUAGGGGUCAAGACGUAUCUGACCAAUCACCCAGCUAAGAAGUUCGUUUUUGACUUCAUGCGAGUCCUGAUCAUAGACAACCUCUGCCUUACACCUGCCAGCAAGCAGACUCCACUCAUCGAUCUUCUGUUGGAGGCUUCCCCUGAAAGAUCGACAAGAACUCAGCAAAAAGAAUUUCAGACUUACAUUUUGGAUAGUGUGAUGGAUCAUUUGCUGGCAGCCGACGUUCUAUUGGGGGAAGAUGCCUCUCUGCCCAUCACCAGUGGAGGAAGCUACCAGGUACUGGUGAACAAUGUGUUUUAUUUCACGCAACGCGUGGUGGACAAGCUUUGGCAAGGCAUGUUCAACAAAGAAUCUAAACUUCUUAUAGAUUUUAUAAUUCAACUAAUCGCACAGUCAAAAAGAAGAUCGCAGGGACUGUCACUGGACGCGGUGUAUCACUGCCUCAACAGGACCAUCCUGUACCAGUUCUCGCGGGCACACAAAACCGUGCCACAGCAAGUAGCCCUCCUGGACUCGCUCAGGGUCCUGACUGUAAACCGGAACUUGAUCCUGGGCCCGGGGAACCACGACCAGGAGUUCAUUAGCUGUCUGGCUCACUGCCUCAUUAACCUGCACGUUGGAAGCAACGUGGAUGGGUUUGGCCUGGAAGCAGAAGCCCGCAUGACCACCUGGCACAUCAUGAUCCCCUCCGACAUCGAGCCGGACGGCGCCUACAGCCAGGACGUCAGCGAAGGGCGUCAACUUCUCAUAAAAGCUGUCAACAGAGUUUGGACUGAAUUGAUUCAUAGUAAGAAGCAAGUCUUGGAGGAGCUUUUCAAAGUCACUCUCCCUGUGAACGAGAGAGGCCAUGUGGACAUAGCUAUAGCAAGGCCGCUCAUUGAAGAAGCUAGUCUGAAGUGCUGGCAGAAUCAUCUGGCCCAUGAGAAGAAAUGUAUAAGUCGAGGAGAAGCUUUAGCGCCUACCACACAGUCCAAAUUGUCCCGUGUCAGCAGUGGCUUUGGUCUUUCCAAGUUAACCGGAUCAAGAAGGAAUCGGAAGGAAAGUGGGCUUCACAAGCACAGCCUUUCCACCCAGGAGAUUUCUCAGUGGAUGUUUACACACAUCGCAGUUGUUCGUGACUUAGUAGACACACAGUAUAAGGAAUAUCAGGAGCGUCAGCAAAACGCCCUGAAGUACGUGACGGAGGAGUGGUGCCAGAUCGAGUAUGAGCUGCUGCGGGAGCGGGGCUUGUGGGGCCCCCCCAUCGGUUCGCAUCUGGACAAAUGGAUGUUGGAGAUGACAGAAGGGCCCUGCAGAAUGAGGAAGAAAAUGGUGCGAAAUGACAUGUUUUAUAACCAUUACCCUUACGUGCCAGAAACGGAGCAGGAGACCAACGUGGCGUCUGAGGUCCCAAGUAAACAGCCUGAGACACCCGAUGAUAUCAUUCCUCAAAAGAAACCUGCUCGGUACAGAAGAGCCAUAAGUUAUGACAGUAAAGAAUACUACAUGCGACUAGCCUCCGGCAACCCAGCCAUUGUCCAAGAUGCCAUUGUCGAGAGUUCCGAAGGUGAAGCUACCCAGCAAGAACCAGAGCAUGGCGAAGAUACGAUUGCCAAAGUCAAAGGACUGGUGAAGCCGCCUCUCAAACGGUCUCGCUCUGCGCCUGACGGGGGCGACGAGGAGACGCAGGAGCAGCUCCAGGACCAGGUGGCCGAGGGCAGCUCCAUAGAGGAGGAGGAGAAGACGGACAACGCCACGCUGCUGCGCCUGCUCGAGGACGGGGAGAAGAUCCAACACAUGUACCGCUGUGCUCGAGUCCAGGGCCUGGAUACCAGUGAGGGGCUGCUUCUGUUUGGUAAAGAGCAUUUUUAUGUGAUCGAUGGAUUUACAAUGACGGCAACCAGGGAAAUAAGAGAUAUUGAAACCUUACCUCCAAAUAUGCAUGAGCCGAUCAUCCCCAGAGGAGCCAGGCAGGGCCCCAGUCAGCUCAAGAGAACGUGCAGCAUUUUUGCGUAUGAAGACAUCAAAGAAGUGCAUAAGCGGCGUUAUCUGCUGCAGCCCAUUGCUGUGGAAGUCUUCUCUGGAGAUGGACGGAAUUACCUCCUUGCAUUUCAGAAAGGAAUUAGAAACAAAGUCUAUCAAAGGUUUUUGGCUGUAGUGCCAUCUCUAACUGACAGUUCAGAGUCUGUAUCUGGGCAACGACCAAACACAAGCGUGGAACAGGGAUCUGGAUUGCUUAGCACUCUGGUUGGAGAGAAAUCUGUGACUCAGAGAUGGGAGAGAGGUGAAAUCAGCAACUUUCAGUAUUUGAUGCACUUGAACACUUUGGCCGGCAGAUCCUACAAUGAUCUCAUGCAGUACCCUGUCUUCCCCUGGAUCCUUGCAGAUUAUGACUCAGAGGAGGUAGAUCUUACUAAUCCCAAGACAUUUAGAAACCUGGCAAAGCCAAUGGGCGCACAGACAGAUGAACGACUAGCUCAGUAUAAGAAGCGGUAUAAAGACUGGGAAGAUCCUAAUGGAGAAACUCCAGCCUACCACUACGGGACCCACUAUUCGUCUGCCAUGAUUGUGGCUUCGUACCUAGUACGGAUGGAGCCCUUCACACAGAUAUUCCUAAGGCUCCAGGGAGGCCACUUUGACCUGGCUGACCGGAUGUUUCACAGUGUCCGAGAGGCCUGGUACUCAGCAUCCAAGCACAACAUGGCAGACGUGAAGGAACUGAUCCCAGAAUUUUUUUACUUACCAGAAUUCCUGUUCAAUUCCAACAACUUUGAUCUAGGCUGUAAACAGAAUGGCACCAAGCUUGGAGAUGUCAUCCUUCCACCCUGGGCGAAAGGGGACCCACGAGAGUUCAUCCGAGUGCACCGAGAGGCUCUGGAAUGUGAUUACGUGAGUGGCCAUCUGCAUGAGUGGAUCGACCUCAUCUUCGGCUACAAGCAGCAAGGCCCCGCUGCCGUGGAGGCUGUCAACGUCUUCCACCAUCUUUUCUACGAGGGGCAGGUGGACAUCUACAACAUAAAUGACCCGCUGAAGGAGACGGCCACCAUAGGCUUCAUCAACAACUUUGGCCAGAUCCCUAAACAGCUGUUUAAAAAACCUCAUCCGCCCAAGCGCGUGAGGAGUCGACUCAACGGAGACAACGCGGGCAUCUCGGUCCCACCAGGAUGUACGAGUGACAAGAUCUUUUUUCAUCAUCUAGACAACUUGAGGCCUUCUCUCACACCUGUAAAAGAACUCAAAGAGCCCGUGGGACAAAUAGUGUGUACGGAUAAAGGCAUCCUUGCCGUGGAGCAGAAUAAGGUUCUCAUCCCACCAACUUGGAACAAGACUUUUGCCUGGGGCUACGCAGACCUCAGCUGCAGGCUGGGAACAUACGAGUCAGACAAGGCAGUGACCGUGUAUGAGUGUUUGUCUGAGUGGGGCCAGAUCCUCUGUGCCAUCUGCCCCAACCCCAAGCUGGUCAUCACGGGCGGAACAAGCACAGUCGUGUGUGUGUGGGAGAUGGGCACCUCCAAGGAAAAGGCCAGGACGCUCACCCUCAAACAGGCCUUGCUUGGCCACACGGAUACUGUCACCUGUGCCACCGCAUCAUUAGCCUAUCACAUAAUUGUCAGUGGAUCCCGCGACCGAACCUGCAUCAUUUGGGAUCUGAAUAAACUGUCGUUCCUGACCCAGCUCCGAGGCCACCGGGCUCCCGUUUCUGCUCUUUGUAUCAAUGAAUUAACAGGGGACAUCGUGUCCUGCGCCGGCACGCACGUCCACGUGUGGAGCAUCAACGGGAGCCCCGUGGUGAGUGUGAACACGUUCACGGGCCGGAGCCAGCAGAUCGUGUGCUGCUGCGUGUCGGAGAUGAACGAGUGGGACACACAGAACGUCAUCGUCACGGGGCACUCGGACGGAGUGGUCCGGUUUUGGAGAAUGGAAUUUUUGCAAGUUCCUGAAACACCAGCUCCUGAGCCUGUUGAAGUGCUAGAAAUGCAGGAAGACUGUCCAGAGGCACAAAUAGGGCAAGAAGCCCAGGACGAGGACAGCAGCGAUUCCGAGGCGGAGGAGCAGAGCAUCAGCCAGGACCCCAAGGACACACCCAGCCAGCCCAGCAGCACCAGCCACAGGCCCCGGGCGGCCUCCUGCCGAGCCACGGCCCCCUGGUGCAAUGACAGCGGCUCCGACGACUCCAGGCGCUGGUCCGACCAGCUGAGCCUCGAUGAGAAGGACGGCUUCAUACUUGUGAACUAUUCGGAGGGCCGGGCCCGGGCCCAUCUGCAGCCCCCCCUUAACCACCCCCACCCCAGCCCUGCCGAAGUGCGGAACUACAACAGAUUGAAGCCUGGGUACCGGUGGGAACGGCAGCUGGUGUUCAGGAGCAAGCUGACCAUGCACACGGCCUUUGACCGGAAGGACAAUGCACACCCGGCCGAGAUCACCGCCCUGGGCGUCUCCAAGGACCACAGUCGGAUCCUCGUGGGUGACAGUCGAGGCCGGGUCUUCAGCUGGUCUGUGAGUGACCAGCCGGGCCGCUCUGCCGCCGACCAUUGGGUGAAGGACGAAGGAGGGGACAGCUGCUCGGGCUGCUCAGUGCGGUUCUCUCUCACAGAGAGGCGGCACCAUUGCAGGAACUGCGGUCAGCUCUUCUGCCAGAAGUGCAGCCGAUUUCAGUCCGAAAUCAAACGCUUGAAAAUCUCAUCCCCGGUCCGCGUUUGUCAGAACUGCUACUACAAUUUGCAGCACGAGAGGGGUUCAGAAGAUGCGCCUCGAAACUGUUGAAGACUCCGCGAGCCGGUUGGAGACCACGGUCUGUAAACUCCCCCCCUCCCAUCCCCCGCACGGCUCGCGGCUCGGGGGGCACCGACCCCGUCUCCGUUUACACAGCUCUUCCCAGCCCGCGUCUGAAGUCUGGGAUCCAGAGGGAUCAGUGAACCAGCGGGCGUGCCUGCAGCCCCGGGGCGUCCGGGUGAGCAGCGCGCGCACAGCGUGAGCGGGGUCCAGGCGGCGGUCCGGGUCCAGGUCCGGAUCUGGUCCCGGUUCCUCUGCAGCCGCCGGCGCCCAGAGGAUCCGCUCUGUUAACUGUCCUGCCCGCACCUCUCAUUUCUGUAGAGCUACUCAUCCUUAUUUGGAAAAACCAACGCCUCCCCCCAAAAAAAACAAAAAAACAAAAAAAAAGGCUUUUAGAAAAUGGUUGUAAAUCUGACUUCUUUGCAAGUAACUGUGUAUAUUGUAAAUAGGUACAAAGGCCUUUUUUCUAAAUAAGGACUUAACUGCCUGUAACAUGAGACUGCAAACUACACCACUAACUCAAUGAACUCCUAUGGUUUGUCUGCCAUCGCUCACCAAUUAAUUAUAAAUAUGUUUUUUUAAAUCCUCGAA